GGUUUAUGAGUUGUGUGUGUGAGAGAGAGAGUAAAGUCACUUCCUUUUUACCUCUUUUCAACCCCUAUCUUUGGUCAGCGUUUGAAAUCACCACCACCACCACCGUCUCUCUCUCUUUCUUCCGUCUAUAUAUUGUUUGGAAAGGGAUACCCCUAGGAAAAGACCUUUGUCUUGCCGUUUAUCCUAGGUUGAAAGAAGAAGAAGCCAUCUCAUUUGUCAGCUACAAACACAAACUGAGUGUGCGAAAAAUUAAAAAGUCAUACAGAAAGAAGAUCGUCAUCAACACAAAGUUAAGCAGUUUAUUCACAAUCUAAAGAAGGAAGAUUGCAAUGGGAAGGCCACCUUGUUGUGACAAAGUAGGAGUGAAGAAAGGGCCAUGGACUCCAGAAGAAGAUAUAAUCCUUGUAUCUUAUAUUCAAGAACAUGGUCCUGGUAACUGGAGAUCUGUUCCUACCAAUACCGGUUUGCUAAGAUGCAGUAAAAGUUGCAGACUUAGAUGGACGAAUUAUCUCCGGCCAGGUAUCAAACGCGGCAACUUCACCGAUCAAGAGGAGAAGAUGAUCAUCCAUCUGCAAGCCCUUCUUGGUAACAGAUGGGCAGCAAUAGCUUCUUAUCUUCCACAAAGAACAGAUAACGAUAUCAAGAAUUACUGGAACACCCAUCUGAAGAAGAAGCUUCACAAGAUCCAAGGCGACUCAUCUGACCUAGAAAACCAUCAUCGUUCAAAUGGGUCAAACUCAUCAUCAUUCUCACAAACUGCCAUGCCUAAAGGUCAAUGGGAGAGAAGGCUCCAAACUGAUAUCCACAUGGCUAAACAAGCCCUCUGUGAAGCUUUAUCUCUCGACAACAAAUCCAUCAAUCUGCCUGAAUUAUCCUCGUCUACGGUUUCAAGAAAUCCCUCAUCAAUCACUACAAACCCUAGUUCACAAAUACACCAACAAGUGGCCAUACCUCCUACACAGACAAAUCAAGGUGCAACUACUUAUGCUUCAAGUGCGGAUAACAUUGCACGAUUGCUCCCAAACUGGAUGAAGAAGCCCCAAAAAUCUUCACAGACGAGCUCGGAAAGUAUCAGCACCACUGAUCAGACUCACAACUCUUUCGAUGGGGUGCAGUUUACCAGUCCUCCGAGUGAAGGCUUUGAUAACUCACUGCAAUUUGGGCUCAACAACUACUCAAACUACAGCAAUAUUUCAGAUGGUUCUCCAUCGGUUUCGCCCGAAACAAGUUUAUUCCAAGAUGAAAGCAAACCAAACACCAAAAAUGCUCAAUUUCCUCCUCUUACUUUCCUAGAGAAAUGGCUUCUUGAUGAUGCUACUGCUCAAGUACAUGAAGAUAACCUUAUGAAUCUUUGUUUAGAAGAAACUGAUGCCUUGUUUUAACUCUUUUUUCCUCUUGAUUUGUGGGAGGUGGUGUUAAAUAUGUACUUCCAACUGUUGACGUACGUUCUCCCAGGCCAGUAAUUCAGUAGGUACUAUACAAGUUUGAAUCAAAUCUAGGGUUUCUUGUCAUUUAAUUUAAAGUAUUUUCAACCAGUGGAAGAAACUGGUUGAACAUCCUUUAGGUUUGUGUUUCUUUCUCUUUUUUGUUUUCUAGAAAGUGAAAAAGAAGUGUAAAUAGUAGUAAGCGGCAGGUUUAUAAAUUAUAAUCUACAAGUGUGUUCAUGUUCUUAGAGAAAAAUCUUUGUACUCAUGUUUGUUAAUUUGUAUUAGGCAUAUAUAAGACAAUGAUGAAUGAGAAUCAGGUUUUCGAUGAA